AUGGAGGGUCCCCGGGGCCGCUCCCGGGGCCGGUGCCGGUGGCUGCCCUGGGUCGCCCUGCGGCUGCUCGCGGUCGCCGCCUUCAACCUGGACGGCAGCAGCCCCGUGCUGAAGGACGGCGAGCGGGGCAGCCUCUUCGGGGCCGCCGUGGCGCUGCACCGGCAGCUGAGCCCCGAACCGGCGGGGUGGCUGCUGGUGGGGGCCCCCCAGGCGCAGGCGCUGCCCAGCCAAGGUGCCAACCGGACCGGGGGGCUCUUCGCCUGCCCGCUGACCCCCGAGCUCUCCGACUGCUGGCGGGUGCCCAUCGAUGAGGGAGUGGACCCGCAGCGGGAGAGCAAAGAGAACCAGUGGCUGGGGGUGAGCGUGAAGAGCCAAGGAGCCGGAGGGAAGAUCGUGACCUGCGCCCACCGGUACGAGGUGCGGCACCGGGUGCGGCAGCCGCUGGAGACGCGGGACGUGAUCGGGAGGUGCUUCGUGCUGAGCCAGGACCUGCGGGUGCGGGACGAGCUGGACGGCGGCGAGUGGAAGUUCUGCGAGGGGCGGCCCCAGGGCCACGAGCGCUUUGGCACCUGCCAGCAGGGCCUGGCGGCCGCGUUCAGCCCCGACCGCCGCUACGUCCUGCUCGGGGCCCCCGGCACCUACAACUGGAAGGGGACCCUGCGCGUGGAGCAGCUCAACCAGAGCUCUCUGGACCUGCUGCGCCCGGACGCCGGUCCCUUCGAAGCGGGGGGGGAGAAGGACCAGGACCCCUCGCUCAUCCCCGUGCCCGCCAACAGCUACUUCGGGCUGCUCUUUGUGACAAACAUUGAGAGCGCUGCCCCCGACCAGAGGGUCUUCCGGACCCCCCAGCCCGGCGAGAGGGUCCCCGGCGCCGCCCCAGACGUGGCCCACAAUAGCUACAUGGGGUUCUCGGUUGACUCGGGCGCGGGACUGACGCGCCGGGGGGGGCUGAGCUUUGUCACCGGCGCCCCCCGCGCCAACCACACCGGGGCUGUCGUGAUCCUGCGCCGCGACAGCGCGAACCGCCUGGUGCCCGAGGCGGUGCUGCCCGGGCCGCAGCUCAGCUCGGCCUUCGGGCACGCCCUGGCCGUGCUCGACCUCAACAGCGACGGGUGGAUGGACCUGGUGGUGGGGGCCCCCCACUUCUUUGAGCGCCAGGAGGAGAUCGGGGGGGCUGUUUAUGUUUACAUCAACCCCGGGGGGCUCUGGGACACCGUGACCCCCCUGAGGCUCAACGGCACCCGGGGGUCCAUGUUUGGCACCGCCCUGAGCACGGCCGGGGACCUCAACCAUGAUGGCUUUGAGGACCUGGCCGUGGGAGCCCCUUUCGACGGCGCCGGCAAAGUGUUCAUUUACCACGGGAGCGCCCUGGGCAUCGUGGCCAGGCCGGCCCAGGUCCUGGACGGGGAGGCCGUGGGGGUCCCAACCUUCGGGUAUUCCCUGUCGGGGGGGCUGGACGUGGAUGGGAACCUGUACCCCGACCUGCUGGUGGGGUCCCUGUCUGACACCGUGGUGCUCUACAGGGCCCGCCCGGUGGUCCACGUGUCCCGGAACGUGUCGCUGCUGCCCCCCACCAUCGACCUGGAGCAGAGCAACUGUCACCACGGGGAGGGCGUCUGCGUGGAGGUCCGAGCCUGUUUCAGCUACACGGCCAGUCCUGCGAGCUACAGCCCCCGCCUGGAGCUGGAGUUCGUGCUGGACGUGGACACCGAGCGCCGGCGCCGUGGCCAACCCCCCCGGGGGUCGUUCCUGGGCCGCGGCCCCGCAGACCCUGAGCACCAACUCUCUGGGACCCUGGAGCUGCCCCGGCAGCGCAGCCGGGCCUGUGUCACCCCCACCUUCCAGCUGCACGACGGGAUCCGGGACAAGCUGCGGCCCAUCGUUGUCACCUUGGCCUACGGGAUCCGGGGGCCUGGGGGGCACCGGGGGGGGCGGGGGGCUGUGCUGCCCCCCCUUUCCCCCGCGCUCAGCCCCCACCAGCCCAGCACCCACCGCGCCGAGGUGCAUUUCCUGCGCCAGGGCUGCGGGGAUGACAAGAUCUGCCAGAGCAACCUCCGGCUGCACUUCCAGUUCUGUGCCCGCCGCGGUGACAGCGAGUUCCUGCCCCUGCCCAGGGCCGAGGAUGGCACUGCCAUCUUCGCCAUGAGUGACCAGAAGGACGUGGCCCUGGAGGUCCUGGUGACCAACGAGCCGUCGGACCCGGCGGAGCCGCAGCGGGACGGGGACGACGCCCACCAGGCCCAGCUCACGGCCACCCUCCCCCCGGAGCUGCCCUACGCGGCCCUGCGGCCCGACGAGGGCGGGGGGCUCGGGGACAAGCCCGUGCUGUGCCUCGCCAACCAGAACGGCUCCCAGGUGGAGUGUGAGCUGGGGAACCCCCUGAAACGCGGAGCACAGGUGCGGUUCUUCCUCAUCCUCGGCACCUCGGGAAUAACCAUCCACACCUCGGACCUGGCGGUGGAGCUCGCGCUGUCCACGAUCAGCGAACAGCCGGGGCUGGAGCCGGUGGUCGCUCGUGCCCGGGUGGUCCUCGAGCUGCCCCUCUCCAUGACGGGAGUGGCCGUGCCCCCCCGGCUGUUUUUCGGGGGGGAGGUGCGGGGGGAGAGCGCCGUGCGCAGGGAGAGCCAGGUGGGCAGCGCCGUCACCUUCGAGGUCACGGUGUCCCACAGGGGACAGGCGCUGAAGACUCUGGGCUCUGCCUUCCUCACCGUGCACUGGCCCCACGAGCUGCCCAACGGAAAGUGGCUCCUGUACCCCCUGAGCCUGGAACUGGGUACCCCCCCCGUGCCCUGCAGCCCCUCUGCCAACCCCCUGCGCCUCGCCCUGGAGCCACUGGGACAGGGUGACCCCCCCCCAGGCACCCCCUCCCCGGUCCUGGUGGGUCCCAGCACCCUCAGAGAGGAGGAGGAACGUGACACUGGACUGUGCCCGGGGCACUGCCCGCUGCCGCCCGUUCCGGUGCCCGCUGCCCACCCUGGAGCGCUCGGAGCUGCGGGCGCGGGGCCGCCUCUGGAACGGCACCUUCCUGGAGGAAUUCCUGGAUGUCUCCUCGCUGGAGCUGAUCGUCCGUGCCGAGGUUUCCGUCACCUCCCCCAGCAAGAACCUGGUGCUCAAGGAUGCGGCCACGCAGAUGUCGGUGUCCAUCCACCUGGACCCGGGGGUGGCAGUGGCGGGGGUCCCGUGGUGGGUGGUCCCGCUGGCGGUGCUGCUCGGGAUCCUCCUGCUGUCCCUGCUGGUCCUCGGGCUCUGGAAGGUGGGGUUUUUCCGCCGUGCCCGCCGUGCCCCCCCCCGGCCGUGCCGCAGUACCACGCCGUGCGGAUCCCGCGGGAGCAGCGGCGGCACCUCCUCGAGGGCAGGACGGGCACGAUCCAGAGGCAGGAAUGGGCCGCCAGCCCCGCCGAGCCCCCGGACGGACGCGGGACCCCCAGCUCCGCAUAGACCCCCCCCACUGUGAAAUGGGGGGUGGGCACGGGGGGCACGGACACGGGGUAUGGGGUGUAGAACAUGGGAUAUGGGAUGCAGAUGUGGAAUACAGGACAUGGGUGUGGGGUGUGGGAUAUGGGACAUUGACAUGGGGUGCGGGAUGUGGGACAUGGACAUGGGAUACGGGGUGUGGGACAUAGAAACAGACAUGGGAUAAGGGACAUGGACAUAGGACAUGGAACAUGGGAUAUGGAACAUGGGACAUGAAACAUGGGACACAAACAGGGGACACAGGACAUGGAACACGGGAUUGUCCGCCCUGGCCGUGCUCUGGGGAUGGCAGCAGGAACAGGGGACAUGGACACGGACACGGAGCCUGGGACAUGGAACCUGGGACACGGGACAUGGAACAUGGGACAUGGGAUUUCCUGCCCUGGCUGUGCCCUGGGAAGGUCCCAGUGAGGCACCGGCUGUGCUGGAGCACCUGGGAAUGUUUGUCCCGGGAUGGGGCCAUCGGGCCCAUGGGGCACUUUGGCCCCACAGGGUCAGUUUGGUCCCAGGGGUCAGCUCGGC